AUGGCAUCGCUGGCAGCACGCAGCCCUGCCGCUGCCGCUGCAGGCCCCGGCGGGAGCAAUAGUGUCAUUACCAGUGGUGCCCCGCCCCCUCCAUCCUCUUCUUAUUCUCACUCUGCUGCUACGUCAACCUCCAAAAUUUCUUCCCGUCGAACAGCUCAGAUUGCUCGACACUUUUCCUCCUCAUCCUCACCAACAGGUCCCGUUUCAAAGCAGAAGCCCGACAUGGCCUCCAACUACACCGUCCGCAAGGUUGCGGCUCCCAACACCCUCGAGCACCGAGUCUACAUCGAGAAGGACGGCCAGCCCGUUUCUCCUUUCCAUGAUAUUCCUCUCUACGCCAACCAGGAGCAGACCAUCCUGAACAUGGUUGUCGAGAUUCCUCGAUGGACCAAUGCCAAGCUCGAGAUCUCCAAGGAGGAGCUCCUCAACCCUAUCAAGCAGGAUAUCAAGAAGGGCAAGCUUCGAUACGUCCGAAACUGCUUCCCCCACAAGGGUUACCUCUGGAACUACGGUGCCUUCCCCCAAACUUGGGAGGACCCCAACUCCGUUCACCCUGAGACCAAGGCUAAGGGCGACAACGACCCUCUCGAUGUCUGCGAGAUCGGUGAGCUCGUUGGUUAUACUGGCCAGGUCAAGCAGGUCAAGGUCCUCGGCGUCAUGGCUCUCCUCGACGAGGAGGAGACUGACUGGAAGGUCAUCGUCAUUGAUAUCAACGACCCUCUCGCCUCUAAGCUGAACGACGUUGAGGAUGUCGAGCGACACCUUCCCGGUCUCCUCCGUGCCACCAACGAGUGGUUCCGUAUCUACAAGAUUCCCGAUGGCAAGCCCGAGAACCAGUUUGCCUUCACUGGCGAGUGCAAGAACAAGAGCUACGCCCUUGACGUCGUCCGCGAGUGUGCUGAGGCCUGGGAGCGUCUCAUCACUGGCAAGACCCCUGCUGGCGGUGUCUCCACCACCAACGUCACUGUCCAGAACUCUCCUUCUCGUGUCUCUCCUGACCAGCUUCCCCCUCUGCCCCCCAACGAGGAUGUCCCCGCCGAGAAGAUCGAUGCUUCCAUUGACAAGUGGUUCUUCAUCAGCGGUGCCUCUGCUUAA